AUGAGAAUUAUUUUUUCUAUAUUUCCAUUUUUUUAUUUCGUCUCUCUUUCAUUGAAAUUAUUUUUGCCUUAUUUUUCAUUCUUUUCUCUCGUCUCUCCUUCAUUAGAAUUAUUGUUAUCUUCUUUUUCAUCCUUUUCUCUCGUCUCUCCUUCAUUACAAUUAUUUUUGUCUUCUUUUAAAUUAUUUUCUUUUUUAUUUUUACUACUUUUCCUUCUUUUCUCUCUCCUCCCUUUCAUUACAAUCAUUUUUGCCCUCUUUUUCAAUAUUUUCUAUCGUCUCUAUUUGAUUACAAUUAUUUUUGCUAUUCUUUUUCCCUCUUUUAUUUUGUUUCUCUUUCAUUACAAAUAUUUCAGCUUCUUUUUCAUUUUUCCAGCAGAAUUGUUUUUUUUUAUCUCUUUUUCAUUCAAUUCUCUAUUUUCUCCUUCAUUACACUUAUGUUUGCCUUCUUUUUCAUUUUUUUCUCUCGUCUCUCUUUUAUUACAAUUAUUUUUUUUUAUUUUUCCUACUUUUUCAUUUUUUACUCUCGUCUCUCUUUCACUGAAAUUAUUUUUCCCUUUUUCAUUCUUUUCUUUUGUUUCUUUUUCAUUAGAAUUAUUUUUGCCUUUUUUGUUCAUUCUUUUCUCUCGUCUCUCUUUUAUUACAAUUAUUUUUACUUUUUUAUUCAUUCUUUUAUUUUGUCUCUCUUUCAUUACAAUUAUUUUUGCCUUUUUUGUUCAUUCUUUUCUCUCUUCCUCCUUUUAUUACAAUCAUUUUUGUCUCGUUUUUCAUUCUUUCUCUCGUCUUAUUUUUUUACUUCUUUUUCGUUUUUUUUUUGUUUUGUCUCUCUUUCAUUACAAUUAUUUUUCCUACUUUUUGAUUCUUUUCUCUCGUCUCUCUUUUAUUACAAUCAUUUUUGUCUUCUUUUUCAUUUUUUUGUCUCGUCUCUCUUUCAUUGAAAUUAUUUAUGCUUUCUUUUUCAUUCAAUUCUCUCGUCUCUCCUUCAUUACAAUUAUUUUUGUCUUGUUUUUUAAUUCUUUUCUCUCGUCUGUCUAUCUUUCAUUAAAAAAAUUUUUUGGCUUUCUUUUUCAUUCUUUUCUCUCGUUUCUCUUUUUGUCUUUUUUUCAUUCUUUUCUCUCGUUUCUCUUUUUGUCUUUCUUUUUCAUACUUUUCUCUCGUUUCUCUUUUUGUCUUUCUUUUUCAUUCUUUUCUCUCGUCUCUUUUUCAUUACAAUUACCAUUUUUCUUCUUAUCUUCUUUCUGGCUUCUCUUUUGA